AUGGCUUUGAUGAUUCCGCGCGCGGGCGCGCUGGAGCAAGAGGGCCUUCAGCCCCCUGCAAUGAGCCACCUAGUGUCGGCUCGCGGCCCAGCGCACAUGGUGCUCGACGCAGGGGCCCGCGCUUAUCAGCCUUUGGGCGUCCAGGGGGGCCUCAUCGGCGAAGCAGUGCCGCCGCAGCCGCCAGACAUCAAGAGGAGAGAUGAGCUGGACCCAGACUGGGACAACCACGUGCACGCUUUCAAGAGGCAGUAUCUGUACAUCGCCAUUGCCUAUGCGACCCCCUGCUUCUGCAUCUUCAUGUACUCGGUCUUCAAGUCGAUCCUGUACAGGGGCUGGUGGAACACGUCGGCUGGGGAGCCCUACAUGCCGCACUCGAUGAACGAGCAGAACCCGUACCGCGCAUACAUCGGGAUCCCGUCCGUCUUGGAGAUGCACAUGUGGUUCGCCUGUAUGAUGCUGGCCGCGAUCUGCGUUCAGCUUGGCUCCAUGUGGAUGGCUGUGCACACUGGCAUUGACGCCUACGGCAAGUUCCACGCCAUGUUCGGUAAGGUCACGAUGUUCGUCAUCAUCCUGGCCGCAGGGCUGGGCACCAUCGGGCUGGGCGUCUGUGACGUCCAGCCGAAGCGCGGUGCGGAGAAUCUGUUCUUCGUGGGCAUAGGUGUCGGUAUCCUCGUCUGCCUCUUCCGUGGGGUGUACGUCGCAAGCCGUGGUUUUUAUGGGCUCCACUUCCAGUACAUGGCGGCCGCCGUGGUGUUGAUAUUUUCGCCUGGAUGGAACCGAAUCAUCGCCGUGAUUCUCCGCAAUUACGUAUGGCUGUGGAGGCAUAUCGACCAGGAAUGUUUCAUCAUCAACUCCUGGGGCCAACGUGGCUUUCUGUAUUUCUGGUCAUUUCUGGCUGGGAUGAGCUUCGAGUUCUUCUGGUGGCUCGGCGUUUUCAGGGCCCCGUUCUUCAAGGCGAACUCCAUCGGCUUCGCAGUUCACGUCGUCCUGGCGGCCAUACUCUUCGCGUGCGCCUGGCAGACGUUUUACGCCUCUGCCGUUCACGGGGAGCCGCUUACGACCCAGCAGUGCACGGCAGAGGACUACCAGGACUGGAAGAACUUCACCAGCGGCGUCCGCACACAGGGCUUGUACUCGCUAUCCAGGGGCUAUGGCGUUUGCUCGGCAAACCUGUGGCAGUCUCCCCCUGGAACAUUUGUCCACUAUGGUGGCGGAGAAUAUUCCGUGUUUCGCCUCAUGAAUCACCCACAAGACCCUGUGGUAGAUGUUGGGUACAAUUGA